AUGAACGGAAAGGACGAGGCGGACUCAGAGUUGCUUCUGGCUCUCCUCAGUCUGACCGUCCUACUCGCAAUCAUUGCUGGGGUAGUCUGCUUUGUUGAUUCAGGCGCACUCACAGACUUCGUGGGCGGAGUCAUCUCCUACGAGUACUGGGGCAACUUCGGCGCACCGCUCACCGCGGCCAUCGAACGCGGAGCUGGCACGCUCCUGCACUACCUCGUGUCUGUGCCGCUUGCUUGGAUCAUCUGGUCAGUCGGCGCAGCGGUCCCUGGAGCCCUUUUCCUUGUGUACGGCUUUGUUCCCCUCUCCCUCCUCAUCUCGGCCUAUUGCUUGGGCAACUUCGCUCUCCCCUGCAUCCCUUUCCUCCCUCUUCCAUUCCAGCGCGUCCUCGACGCCCUCGCCUUUCCGUACAUCGCUUGGAGAGCUCUCGAGCGCUUUGCACCACUCGCCCCGUACAAGUCGUAUACGGAUCUCCUCCUCUUCUACGUCGCCUUCACAGCCUUCUUUGACAUUACCCCUCUCUGGGACCUCCUUGCUGCUGCCGCUGAUCGCGAAACCAAGGCGGCGCAACUGGCGGCUGUCAAGGACUUGGCGACCGAGGCUACGGAAGAAGGAGUGAAGGAUCGCGGAGCUGUGAAUGUCAAGGCCUCCAAGACGGACCCGGCAGCUGCGAAGCUGCACACUGCCGGUAGAAAGGGCGCAAGCACUUAG